UUUCUCUUUUUUGCUUGAAAAUUUUAUUUUUCUUCUUUUAAUUUUCAUUUGCACAAAAAUUUGACUAGAAUGUUUGUCGAGCCAAUUAAAGAUCACACAAUAAAAAUAAAACCGACUACUAGACUUAUUGAAUUCGUCGCUAAGCAGGUAAAGAAAAAGGAUGAGGUGCCUGAUAAUAUUAUUGCAUUAAAAAGUUAUGGCAAACGACAAGAGACAUUUUUAACUUUAAAUGAUGUAAAGUGGUUGAAUUCUUAUUUAGAAAAAUAUCGAGAUUCUUCUAACGAGAAGGUUUAUUUGCACGAACUUUUGGAGAGUGCUAAUAUUUGUUUACCAACACCGCCAGUGAAACCAAAAAAUCCCGAACUUGUUGCACGAUUAGUAAAACUUCAAGCCCAACAAAAUGCUAGGGAUUAUGCAUCAAUGACAAAAACUGUUAAUCCAUAUAAAAAAGUUUUUCCUGAAGAUUCAAUAGCUGCACAAAUUAAAGAAAUGAACAAGCAACUUAUAGCAGUGGCGCAAUUUGUUUUUUCCGUUAUGGCUGGAUUUGCCUUUGGUUUUAUUGGUGUGGAAUUAAUUGUCGGCGAUUUGGAUUUUGGUUUUCGAUUAUUAUUGGGAAUUAUGAUCUCCCUAAUAAUUGCGCUAGCUGAAAUUUAUUUCCUAGCGAAAAAACUAAGUGAAGACGUAUAUGAUUAUCCGGAAGGUACCACCGGAAAAGUACAUCAAGAUUAAAUUUCAUAAACAUGAAUAUUUACUUAAGAACAUUAAUAUUUCAUUGUCUAAAAUCUUUCACGUCAUUGUAAUAGACUAAUUUUUUUAAGCUGAACAAAAAAAUCUGUAAAUAGCUUCAUUAUGAAACUAGAAUUAUUGUAAAUAUACGAAACAAAUUAUAUUAAAAUUUCUUCAAUUUUCUAUAAAUAAUGAAUACAUUUAAUAUUGUAAUUAAGAGAAUUAUUGUAACUCUCUCUCUCUACUUUAGGAGAUAAUAAACAAUAAUUUAAAAAAAAA